AUGUUCAUUUUUGUCACCCCUUUGUCUCUGGAUAUCGAGACUGCUGGUGGAGUAAUGACUGUACUGAUCAAGCGUAACACAACCAUUCCCACAAAGCAAACACAGACCAUUACAGCCUACUCUGACAACCACCUCCAAAUACUCCCAAGGGACUUCAAUAGGCGCCGAAAGGACGGGCAGAGAGCCAUGACUAAGGACAACAACCAGUUGGACAUGUUUGAGUUGACUGGCAUCCCUCCCGUUCCUCAUGGUGUUUCUCAGAUUGAGGUUACAAUCAACAUUGAUGCCAAUGGUAUCCUGAAUGUAUCUGCUGUGGACAUGAGCACUGGCAUGGAAAACCAGAUCACGAUCACAAACUAUAAAGGUCAUCUCAGCAAGGAAGACGUUGAGCGUAUGGUGCAGGAGGCCGAGAAGUACUGUAGUAUAGACAUAGAAAUGUGA